CUGCGGGUCGGCCCAGCCCGUUCGGCGGCGGGAGGCGGGCGGGAGGCGGGCGGGGGAGGAGCGCGGCGGCAGGCGGGGGAGGAGCGCGACGGCAGGCGGACCCUGCAGGGCGCGGAGCCGCCGGCCGAGACUUGAGUCUCGGCUGUGUGCGCCAGAGUGGCUGAUGCCCUCCGCGCUCCCCGCUCCGCCGCCGCAUCCGAGCUGCACUGGUACGAGGGGCCGCACGGCGGGGCCCACGCCGCCCGGUCACAAUGCUGCUCGGAGCAUCUCUAUUGGGGGUGCUGCUGUUCUCCAAGCUAGUGCUGAAACUGCCCUGGACCCAAGUGGGGUUCUCCGUGCUGCUGCUCUACUUGGGGUCUGGAGGCUGGCGUUUCAUCCGUAUCUUCAUCAAGACCAUCAGGCGAGACAUUUUCGGUGGCCUGGUGCUUCUGAAGGUAAAGACAAAGCUGCGACGGUACCUGCGGGAGCGGAGGACAGUCCCCAUGUUGUUUGCCUCUAUGGUUCAGCGCCACCCCGACAAGACGGCCCUUAUCUUCGAGGGCACAGACACUCACUGGACCUUCCGCCAGCUAGAUGACUACUCCAGCAGUGUGGCUAACUUCCUGCAGGCCCGGGGCCUGGCCUCAGGCGACGUGGUUGCCCUGUUCAUGGAGAAUCGUAAUGAGUUCGUGGGGCUGUGGCUGGGCAUGGCCAAGCUGGGCGUGGAAGCAGCACUCAUCAACACCAACCUCCGGCGCGAUGCCCUGCGUCACUGCCUCACCACCUCACGGGCACGGGCCCUCGUCUUUGGCAGCGAGCUGGCCCCAGCUGUCUGCGAGAUCCAUGCCAGCCUGGACCCCUCCCUCAGCCUCUUGUGCUCGGGACCCUGGGACCCCUGCUCCAUGCCCAUCGGCACAGAACACUUGGAUCCUCUGCUGGACAAGGCCCCCAAGCACCUGCCCAGCCACCCCAACAAAGGCUUCACAGAUAAGCUCUUCUACAUCUACACGUCUGGCACCACAGGGCUUCCCAAGGCUGCCAUUGUGGUGCACAGCAGGUACUACCGCAUGGCUGCCCUGGUAUACUAUGGAUUCCGCAUGCGGCCCGACGACAUUGUCUAUGACUGCCUCCCCCUGUACCACUCCGCAGGAAACAUCGUAGGCAUGGGGCAGUGCCUGCUCCAUGGCAUGACGGUGGUGAUCCGGAAGAAAUUCUCAGCUUCCCGGUUCUGGGAUGACUGUAUCAAGUACAACUGUACUAUUGUGCAGUACAUAGGUGAGCUGUGCCGGUACCUCCUAAACCAGCCGCCCCGUGAGGCAGAGACCCAGCACCGAGUACGCAUGGCAAUAGGCAAUGGCCUCCGCCAGUCCAUCUGGACAGACUUCACCAGCCGCUUCCACAUCCCCCAGGUGGCUGAGUUCUACGGAGCCACUGAAUGCAACUGCAGCCUAGGCAACUUCGACAGCCAGGUGGGGGCCUGUGGCUUCAACAGCCGCAUCCUGUCCUUCGUCUACCCCAUCCGGCUAGUGCGUGUCAAUGAGGACACCAUGGAGCUGAUCCGGGGGCCUGACGGCGUCUGCAUCCCUUGCCAGCCAGGCCAGCCAGGCCAGCUGGUGGGCCGCAUCAUCCAGCAAGACCCUCUGCGCCGCUUUGACGGCUACCUCAACCAGGGCACCAACAACAAUAAGAUCGCUCAGGAUGUCUUCAAGAAGGGGGACCAAGCCUACCUCACUGGCGAUGUGCUGGUGAUGGAUGAGCUGGGCUACCUGUACUUCCGGGACCGCACAGGUGACACGUUCCGCUGGAAAGGUGAGAAUGUGUCCACCACCGAGGUGGAGGGCACGCUCAGCCACCUGCUGGACAUGGCCGACGUGGCAGUGUAUGGUGUCGAAGUGCCAGGAACCGAGGGCCGGGCUGGCAUGGCUGCUGUGGCCAGCCCCGCCAGCAGCUGUGACCUGGAGCGCUUUGCACAGGCCUUGGAGAAGGAGCUGCCCCUGUACGCCCGCCCCAUCUUCCUGCGCUUCCUGCCACAACUACAUAAAACAGGGACCUACAAGUUCCAGAAGACAGAACUUCGCAAGGAGGGUUUUGACCUGGCACUGGUGAAAGACCCGCUCUUCUACCUGGACUCCCGCAAGGGCCGCUAUGUCCCGCUGGACCAAGAGGCCUACACCCGCAUCCAGGCGGGCGAGGAGAAGCUGUGACUUCCACCCCAGAGAGGUCCUGGACAAUGCCAGACCAAAGCAAGCAGGGCCUGCACCUCUGCUUGAGGUGCUGACCCCUCCAUCCAAAACUGCCAAGUGUCACACUGCCGCCUCCCCAGGCUUCCAGGGCUUUCUGUGAAAGCCUAGCGUCCAAAUGAUGUUGUCUGGGCCCAGGCUGAGAUGGAGGGGGCCCCUCAGGACAAUGUCUGCAUGAGGCACAGCUGGGAGAGGUGGAGGAGGGAACUUGAAAAGGGGACCAAGGCAGGUGGCCUCGGACUCAGAAAGCCAUGGGUCCAGAGAGAACCCUUGCCUCCGCCCUGCCUGCACCUCCAGGAGGGGAGGAACAGAGCGGCCAUGGCCCCCACUCCCCACCACAGCAGGCCAGGACAGAACCUGUCUCUUGAGAGCCCCACAGCCUUGUCUUCCUGGGGUGCCUUGCUAUCCCUCAGACAGAGCCUUUUGUCCUCGUGAGUCUGUGUCACCUUUUCCAUUCCAACCCUGCCUGCUGUGGGAGGAAGGAUGGGAGGGAGUGAUCAGGGCCAAUAAACUGCCUUGACUCCUA